AUGGCUCUAUUAUUUCUGUCGGUACAGGUGAACUGUUUUGACAGCGUGGUUUUCCGCUCCGCUCGUGUUCUUUCGGACGCCAACGACGGAGUUGGGCGUCCACCGUGCGUUUGUUACGGGCGAUAUUCAGGUGGAGGGGAGGAUCUUGUACUUGUUCGACGCUUGACAGAAGCUACAGGAGAGAGUGCCUCUUCGGCAGAAUGGGAUUUCAUUCGGACAGCAACUGCUAUGAACUCCAACGCUGUCGUCGAGCACUAUUGCCGCGGUGGUGAUUUUACAUCUCACGUUUGUCGACAAGCCUUUCAGGAUCUGGUCACAGGGAUUGCUCAAGCAACCAGACGAAUCCAUCGAAGAGGCUUCGGAACACAAGUUAGAAACCAUGUUCCCAAGCCUGGAGCUCAAGUCUGGGACGAGAUUGCUUGGGGCUCAGCUCUCUAUAUCCAGCAUCUCAUUGACGACAAUGAUCUGCCCGCAGAGCACCUCCCCGACUACCGCAAUGAGCUCUUUCACCCCGGGAUUACAUUUUGGUGCCGCACACAUGCCUUCAUGACUCUUCAAGGCGUCAUUGCGGAGUCGUUAUACCGCGGCUUUGAGAUGUUGAAUGUUGCCAAAGUAACUCGCAACUACGAGCUUACAAUGCUAGAAUGGGCUAAGCGUCUGGAUUUUGAGCUAGGGACGCCGACCAAUGCAUUACGACGAGCGCACCACUUGGUUGCUGAAUGGACGCUCUCACCGGGACCUCCAUUUUCCCGUCGCAUUAUUCAUUUUUACUAG